AUGCCCCUCGCCAAUCCCCAGCAAGCUCGAGUACUCAAUACUACAACUUCGCAAACGUAUUACACCAAGGACGGCCACAGGCGCACCAAGAAACGCAAGAUCGACCCAGGCCCACCGGUUUACGCAUCAGCCGGUGGCUCAGAGGACUACCGGAGCGGGGCCUCACGAGUGCCGGAUCCGACCCCUCAAUCAGACGCACGUGAUGAUGGAACCGCUUGGGAGAUGCCCGAAGUUACGCAGCUGGGGCCCAGCGAGAAAAAAUCCAAAUACAAGGCAAUUAAGCAAGUGACCAUGCAUGAAGAAUGGUUACCUCUGGCUCCAACGUUCUUGCUAAGGCUGUUUGCGGCUCGAUCCGUGGGGCCCUUCUGGAGGCUUGAUCCAGAGCCGCAUGGUUCUGAUCCUCUGGAAGAGCUGGAGCCGCAGCUCCAGCUCCGGCUCAUUCGGGCGACGCGGGCGACGUGGGCAAGUAACGAGAGCGACACGGAGGUGGGCGACACUGGCGGAGGAGGGCAGCGUGGGUGGAGGUGGCGGACGGGGGCGGAGGACGCCGGCAGGAGGGCGACGCGGGCAGAGAUGGGCGACGCAGAGAGGGCGACGCGAGAGCAUUACGUGGGCGAGAUGGGCGAGGGCGAGAGGGGCGAGGCGGUGGGUGAGGGCGAGGUGGGCGAGGUGGACGAGGACGACGCAGGGCCGACGCAGACGCAGACGAUGCGGAUGACGUGGGCUCUGGCAGGCGACGCGGGCCAGGGCGAGAUGAACCAGGUGGGCGACACAGGCAAUGCAGGCGACGUAGGCGAAGCAGAUGAGGCGGACAUGGGCAAAAUGGGUGACACGGACGAGAUCAAAAUGGGCGAUGAGGGGGAGACGGGCGAGAAUGAGUGA